AUGAAAAGAUGUCCUCGACGUAAACAACAAGACAUAAGACAAUCAAUAAUCACUCCGAGUAAAAAAAGUGACGGAAGAAGUCAGCUUAACACGUACAGUUUUGAUCAAUCGUUCGCUAGGAAGGAACUUGCUUAUAUGAUAAUCAUACACGAGUAUCCGCUUUCCAUCGUUGAACAUGCCGGAUUUAGACGAUAUUCAAAUGCGCUUCAACCGUUGUUUAAGGUGGUAUCUCGGAGCACAAUUACUGUAGAUAAUUGUUCCACUAAUGAUCUUAUGAUCCAACUUUUCCUAGAAAAAUUAUCAAGUAACUUACUGUCGGGUGGAGAUAUUUUUCAUAUGCGUUGUUGUGCACACAUAUUAGCUCUUAUAGUCAAGAAAGGAUUAGAGGGGAUCAAAGGAGCAAUCGAAUUGAUUCGUAAUAGUGUUGCUUACUGGAAAGCAACACCAAAACGAGUUGAGAAAUUUGAAGAGGCCGCCCGUCAACUAAAUAUUUCGAGUAUAAAUAAGUUAGUUCUUGAUUGUGAGACAAGAUGGAACUCAACAUACCUGAUGCUUAAUACUGCUAUUAAGUAUCAGAAGGUUUUUGCUCGACUAAAGCAACGUGAGCCACAGUAUGAUUGUUUGCCAGAUGAUGAAGAUUGGUUGUUGGCAAAGGAAAUGUCCGACAAACUUAAGAUAUUUUAUACCUUCACAGAGAAGUUUUCCGGAGUAAAAUAUCCUACCACCAACCUUUUCUUUCCAAGUUUUUGUGAUAUUAGAUUGUCAUUAAAUGAGUGGAAAAAAUCUAAAGUUGGUGUGAUUAAGGAAAUGGCAUAUGAAAUGAUAGAGAAGUUUGAAGAGUAUUGGUUUGUGAUUAAUGGAGUAAUGGCCGUAGAAAUUAUGUUAGAUCCAAGGUUUAAGAUGAAAUUGAUUGAGUUUUAUUUUCCACAAAUUUAUGGUCAAGCUUUUUCAAAAAUCGAAAUUGAUCGAGUACGCGAUUUAUGCGUUGAUUUGGCGACGGAGUAUGAACUGAAAGUAAAAUUUGCUGAAACAUCUGUUAGCCAAAAUGAUUUGUCUUUCACUUCAGAGAUGCAUGGUUUUAACGAUGACGUAGAUCCUUUGGAAAAGUUUGAUAUGUUUGUCUCUAAUACUGCUCCUACUAGUACUGUUAAGUCAGAAUUAACCAAUUACUUAGAAGAAGAUGUUUUACCUAGGAUUGGUAAUUUUGACAUACUAGCAUGGUGGAAGAAAAAUGGGAUUAAAUAUCCAGUCUUGCAGUGUAUGACUAGAGAUAUUUUAGCGAUUCCAGUUUCAACGGUAGCUUCCGAAUCAGCUUUUAGUACCGGAGGUAGAUUUGUGAGUGUCCAACGUAAUAGACUUCAUCCAAAAACGUUGGAAGCUUUGAUGUGCGCUCAAGACUGGCUACGGGAUAUGCUGAAUGGCAAGAAACUUCAUUAA